AUGUCCUGGGCAUCCUCCAAUCUCUGGUUCACCAUUCGUGAACAAAUGUACUUUCCCUGUCCUUGCGGAUACUUCCAGCUAUCCUCCUAUCUCUACUGCCUUUCCAAUCUAUUCAUGCUCUCCGCGCGCCUGUUAGCUCUCAGUGCAUUUGCUGCGUCGGUCGGCCCCAUGCCCUUGGUGUAUGUUUUGCUAGCCAAUGCUUGCAUCGCUGGGUUAACGGAACUUUACAUAUGCUGGGACAACGCAGAGCGGUCCAAACCAUCAAAGGCGAACGUUAUCACACGGAUAGUGGAGUGUUUAUGCCUGGUGUUUGAUGUUCCCUUUUCCAUCACCUUCAUGAUGGAUCAUGUGCGAAUCAGUUGUUACUGCUUAUGGACUGUUGAAACCCUCUUUCUGGAUGUAUUCGCCUAUUUUUGGAGUAGAAGCCAGCAAACGUCCACUGCCGCAAACAAAAUCUCCAAUAGGCUGCAGUCCAGUGCUAGUCUCCAAACUGCCCUUCUUGUCGUCACCAUUGUCUUCACAGCCGAGGGUAUUGUGCUGCGUUACUUACACUACCGUAAAGAACUGAAUAAUCUGAAAAUCCUGAAUCUGAACUCGAUCUUCCCCGACAUCCAGUUCAAGAUGGAGGAAAAAAGACUGCCAGUUGCCGUGCCUCAACUUGCUAGUGUGCAGAAAAGGCGGUGUGGCAGUCAAAACAACAGUUUACAGGAAGGCAACAAAUACCUCUCGCAUCCUGAGUUACCUCAGCAACCAUCCCGUCCCGCACAAACGCAGCUGCGUGCGAACGCUAUAUCGUCGCGUAGAAACCCACUGCACGAACCAGCCGACAAGAUGGCCGAAGUCCAGUAUCCGCGGAAACUUUUCAUAAUUAAUGGAUAUUCUGGCGCAUAUUUCGAAAAAUGCAGGCGAGGAGCAAAACGAAGAAAGCCAACGGGACAGCCAGAACCAACACGUUGGCGAGCAACACCUUAUACUGCUGGUGUAUCUGGAGAAUUCGCUCGACUGGUCAGCGAAUUUGAGAUUGGCGUCGCUCGCAGACCGGAAGCAACAAUCCACAGGCAACUUAUGCGACCUAUGAACUCAGUACCCGUUAGCGAAAAUCUGCUGUCAUUUACCGCAUCGACUGUCUUUGUGGUCAUGCCAAUUAUGUUCGCGAAACCGGCAAACAGGUUCUCACGAGAAGGCACCAGCUUGAACUCGCCAUGUGACGGAAGGACAAGCUUUCCCUGGUAG